AUGCCCCAAUUGACCCCAACCCCAUGACUCGCAUAUUUAUUAUUUUCCUGAUUAAUUUUUUCAGUUAUUGUUCUACCAAAAGUAUCAACCCACACUUUUAUAGAAAGCCCAGCCCCUCUAACCAAACAAAAGCCCGACACAGAGCCCUGAAACUGACCAUGACACUAA